AUGAUCUCUAAGGAGGCCGGUCUUCACUUCGAAGUUGUCGACGAGGAUACUUUGCGCUACACCACGGGCCCUCCAAUCGAGAUCGACGCGGCAACAAAUAAGCGUCUCUUUUGGAAACUCAACCGCCGCAUCUUGGCCGUUCAAUUGGUCACCUACUUUUGCCAGUCUCUUGACAAGGGUACUCUGAACUUUGCGUCCAUCAUGGGCAUUCAAAAAGAUGCUAAACUUGUCGGACAAGAGUACCAAUGGCUCGGUACCAUACUGUACAUUGGUAUUUUAGUUGGUGAAUGGCCACAAAACUACCUUCUACAGAAGCUGCCGCUUGCUAAAAUGCUUUCCGUAAACGUCUUCGUCUGGGGUGCCGUGGUCGCGUGCUCUGCGGCUUCGACUAACUUUGCAUCGCUCAUGGCUGUUCGGUUCCUGCUGGGCUUCUUCGAGAGCUGUGUUCAGCCAGCCAUGAUGUUGUUGACUUCGAUGUGGUACACUCGUGAGGAGCAAUCUCUCCUAAACUCGCUUUGGUACUGCAUGUCCGGUGUGCAACUUAUGGUUGGUGGCCUACUUGCCUUUGGUGUCUCUCACUUCACGGAUGGACCCAUCAAGAAUUGGCAACUGCUGUUCCUCAUUCUUGGGCUCGCUACAUGUGCAUGGUCUUUUGUCAUUGGCUACUGCCUUCCUGACAGUCCCAUGACAGCCAAAUGCUACUCGGAGGACGAGAAGCGUCUCUUCAUCGAGCGGGUUCGUCACAACGAGACCGGCAUCAAGAACAAGGUGUACAAGAUGUAUCAGGUCAAGGAAGCCUUUACUGAUACUUUUGUAUGGUGCUGCAUCGCCCUCAUCACCGUGGCCAACCUGAUCAUCGGCGGUCUCGGGGUCUUCUCUAACCUCAUUAUUCGCCAGUUUGGAUUUUCUCUCCUCCAAACUCAGCUGCUCAACAUUGCUCAAGGUGCUUGGCUGAUCAUCGUCAUGGUUGGGUCGGCACAAGCUUGUCAGAAGUCCGGCCAGAAUUGCCUAAUGAUGAUUCUCUGGACUAUACCUGCUAUCGCCGGUACGAUUGUUAUCCUCAUCGUCAACCCCAGCCCCGGAAACUCUGGCGGCAUGCUCAUCGCAUUCUACUGCACUCAAUUCUUCUGCGCUCAAGGCAAUAUGAUCAUUUCUCUGAUCACCCGCAAUAUUGCUGGCCAGACCAAGAAGGGCAUGGUGAUGACAAUGGUAUUCGUUGGCUGGUCUGUUGGUAACCUUAUCGCGCCUCAGAUCUUCCAGACGAAAGAUGCACCACGGUACCUUCCUGGUUUUUUAGUGCACAUCGUCAUCUAUGGGAUAUACAUCGGUCUAAUCGUAUUAACGCGCGUUGUCUUGAUGGCAAGGAAUCGCCGCAAGGAUGCUGUUGUUAGCGAAGUCACGCAUGAGCUUGCCUUCCAGGAUUUGACGGAUACGGAGAAUCCCAACUUCCGUUACGUGUACUGA